AUGGCCUUUAUUCUUCCAUUUCUUAUAGCACUUUUGCUCAUUCUUUUUGUGACCUUCAAGAACAAAAUCCGUUUGAUUCUCAAAUAUGCAAAGUCCGCCCGAACUUUGCCUGGACCGCCGAUACAUCCGAUCUUUGGAAACGCCGCGUUUUUCCAGGGCAAAACGAAUGAUGGUCAGUUGUUCAGGUUCGAGUCAUUCUCUAGAUUCGGACAAUUUCAGAAGUGCUCGAGACGUUUGUGGAGACUGCCAACAAGCUGAGAGAGCAGGGCGAAACGGUAAUGCGGAUUGUGAUGAUGAGCCGAAUGUACGUGUAUCCGUUGGACGGGAAGACGGUCCAGAAGCUGCUCGAGUCGACGACAGAGCUCGACAAAGGCGACGACUACGGAUUUCCGGCGGCGUGGCUCGGUCGCAGUGUUUUGUUGGAUGGAUACGGAGAGCGGUGGAGGACUCAUCGCAAGUUGCUCACGCCCACGUUCCAUUUCGCCAAGUUGGAAGGAUAUCUGAAAGUUUUCAAUAAUGAAUCACAGGUUGGAUAGGGAUGUUUCGGGCAGACAUCAGUUUUGGCAUAUUGCAGAUAUUGGUGGAUCAUCUCGGAAAGUUUGCGGACUCUGGAGAGACUGUCGACGUGUUCCCGUUCAUCAAACACUGCACACUCGACACAAUUUGUGAGACGGCAAUGGGCACAAAAGUCGACGCUCAAUCGAAUCCGGAACAUCCGUACGUGAAGGCGGUGGAGGGAUUCAACAAGAUGUCAGUCGCUCACGCAAUAAACCCCCAUCUACAGUUUGACUUCAUCUACUGGAUUCUCGGAUACCAGAAGAUGAAAGACGCCUACGUGAACACAAUGAAAACGUUCACAGGCAAUGUGCUGGCGGAGAGAAGAGCAGCGAUCGCAUCCGGAGAGGUGGAGAAGGAGACGUCGAAAAGGAACAUGAACUUUUUGGACAUUCUACUCGCCAGCAAAGAAUCGAACACACUGAGCGAGGAGGACAUCCGCGCCGAAGUGGACACUUUCAUUUUCGCAGGCCACGACACAACCACCAUCUCCUUCUCGUGGAUGUUGUGGAAUCUGGCACACAAUCCUGAGGUGCAGGAGAAAGUGUACGAGGAGUUGAUCGCAGUGUUCGGAGAGGAUCCGAACGCCGACGUUUCCUCUGAGGACAUUCGUAAAUUGGAUUAUACGGAACGAGUGCUGAAGGAGUCUAAACGGAUGAUGACGCCAAUUCCGUCAGUUCAGAGGAAACUGAGAGAGGAUAUGGAGAUUGGUACGUUUAUUUUGAAAUCCCCCCCGAUAAUCCUUGACGAUCCUUUCAAACUUCAGGCGGUCACCUGAUUCCAUCGGAAGUGAACGUCUGCAUCGCUCCGGCUAUCUACCACAGCAACCCCAAAGUGUUUACGUCGCCCGAGAAGUUCGACCCGGAUCGAUUUCUGCCAGAGAACAUUUCGAAACGAAACACCUACGACUACAUUCCGUUCUCGGCGGGACUUCGCAACUGCAUCGGACAAAAGUUCUCGCAGCUCAACGAGAAAGUCAUGUUGAUUCAUGUGCUCAAAAACUUCAAAAUCGAGCCGAAGUUGCCGUUUUAUGGCACCAAACCAUCUUAUGAAGUGAGUCAUGCGGACAGGGAACCGAAUAAUCCAAUCGUUUUUUGUACAGAUCGUCGCGAAACCAUCGAAUGGAAUUCCGGUCAAACUAACUAGACGAUAA